AUGGCUCCUCCAGAUGCUGACGAGUAUGAAAAAUAUCGCAAAGAAAUAGAAGCCCUCAAGGCAGAAAUUGGGACUUUGCAUUACCGUAUGCAAACCGCAGACCAAGAAAAGGAAAUUGCACUGUCUCAGCAGUCUAAUAAGUUGGAACAAGCUCGACGACGCGAGCAGGAGGAGCUGCAGCAAAGGCAGAUGGCUGAAGCAGACAAAGACAAAGCUGCUGGAUUAGUGGAGUCUGUCAAGGCCGAGAUGGACGAACUGCGAGAGCGAUCGCAAUCAGAUUACAAAGCUCUGGAGCGGAAGGCCCGUGAAGCACAGGACGAAGCUCGGCUGCUACAGGAACAGCUGGAUGACUUGUCAACAGCCAAGGACGAUGGAGCGAGAAUCGCUGAUAGGAAGAUGAAUGACAUGCAGAUGCAGAUAACCGCCCUCCAAACUUCUAUUGAAGAGUUGGAACAGGAGAGUCAAUCCAGAGAGGAGAAUGUUCAGCAAGCCCACUCUGUUGUCGCGGAGAAGGACUCCCAGAUUGCAAGGUUGGAGGCAGAUGUUCUUCGACUGAAAGCGCAAAGUGGAGAUGCAGAGACUAUGGAAAUUAUCAAGAGGGAGCUAUCCGAACAAGUCCAGCAUAUAAGGGCUCUGGAGGCUACCAACCGUGACCAAUUGAGCGAGCUGAAGCACCUCAGGGCCGUAAGCAAGGCUGUAGAGGUUGUGGAAGAGGAGAAGAGGUCACUGCAGCGGAAGCUGGAGUCUGCAGAGUCCCUUGAGGCGGAGCUGGCAGAAGCUAGGCUACAUCGACAACGGUUGGAAGACGAGCGCCUUGCCUGGGCAUCGUACCUAAAGCAUUCUUCAGAGGCAGGCGAUGAAUUUGAGUCCCCCGAAGCAAUGGCCAGAGCCUUGAUGGAAGAACGCCUGACAGCAGCUUCUUAUGUAGAACAAGUGGGAGCUAUGCGAGCAGAAGUGAGUGCUCGUGAAAACUCAAUUCAAUUACUGCAGGUGGAAGUCGGGCAGCUGAAAGAUCAGUUGGAGAAUGCGAAGGCAUCAGCUGGCAUGCUAUCCACAGAUAAGGCACGCCAGCGCAUCGAUCGACAACGCAUUCUAGCUGUUAAAGAGGCCGAGUAUUUGCGAGCGCAAAUUAAAGCUUUAGAUGAUGAGGACCAAACUAUGCAGCCCGAGAAAUACGACGAGACACGAGUAGCGCGAAUUCAAGAACUAGAAAACCUUGUUGAGCAGUACAAGGCCGAGGUUCAAAACCUUCACGCUGAACUGUCGUCUUUGGAGCCAGCUACGGGCGCCGCAACACCACAACCCUUAUCAGGAACUAAACGCUCUCGACCGGAAGAUGAUGACGCACAGGAGCAGCUCGGCCAGCUGACGCGGAAAAAUAGGAAGCUCCAAGAAGACAUCACUGGGCUACAAACAAAGGUCACCAUGUUGGAAAAAGAUCUCUCCACAAGCAAGGAACAACUGUCCGCUGCGAAGGAGCGCAAUUCAACAAGAGUCUUGUCGCUGAGAUCAAACCCAACCUCGGACCAUGAAGCUAUCAAACGCAGUACCCUGGAGGCGCUCAAAAAAGAGAACUCGGACCUCUUGUUGCAACUUCGAUCCAAGCACUCCAACCCGGCAGUAGCUGUCAUCCCAACAUCGGUCCUUGGUGCGAUGGAGAGAGAGAUUGCCGCAGCCAAGGCUGAAACGGCUUCAGCCCAAAAAUCAGCCAGACGACUCAAGGAAGUUUGGGCUUCCAAAUCCCAAGAAUUCAAAGAAGCCAUCUUUUCUACGUUGGGAUGGACCGUCACAUUCAUUCCUAAUGGUAAGAUGAGAGUCGAAAGCACCUUCUUUCCGUCACAGACUGACGAGCACGAGAACUCCAUCGUCUUUGACGGCGAGCGAGGCACGAUGAAGGUCGGCGGCGGUCCUAAGAGUCCAUUUGCCAGAAGAAUAGGCGAUCAAAUAGGAUUUUGGGUCAGGGAGAAAGGCUGCAUCCCAGGGUUUCUGGCGGCGCUAACAUUGGAAUUUUACGAAGAACAUACAAGAGCAUCACGGGGUUGA